UAACAAUUUAACGCCUUUGAAUAUAACUAAUUUUCAUUCGUGAUGAAUUGGAUAGAUUGGGUGAUAUUUUUGCUAGUGGCACUAGUACCUCUAAUUGUUUGGAGCAUUGCGACCUGUGUGAAACGCAGGAAAGAGUCGCAAUUAGUUUCACGGAUAGCAACCAUUCAAAGUGCUUACGUACUGACACCGCAAUACAAUCCGGCGUACCAAAGUCAACACGUCUAUCCCCAAGAAUCGUUUGGCUGGAACGUUACAAAUCUAGAUCAGCUUGGUGUUGUCAACGUUACCACGACACCUGAAGGUAUUUUAGUAGUGCCAAGGGAGCCCAUGCAAUGCACUCAACAAACCAUUUGGAGUGUAUCAGGACAGAUGAACCAUGAAAACAGUACCGAUAACCAAAGAUGGCCCACCCAUAACAGCAAUGUUUCAGUAGAUUCCUUUAUAUUGACGGAAUCUGCAAGAAUGCAGCAAAAAGAUCGCGUCCCACCUCCACCGUAUUCUGAAAUUUCAGUUGAAUUACCGUCAUAUGAGCAAGCGGUUUGUAUGACUGCUCCUAAAAGUAACACACCCGCGGUCCAUGCAGCUUCGAGUAGUAGAACAAAUCAAGAUCCAAGCCCCAGUUAAGGUUCGGGGUAUAUUUAUUACUGUUACCGAUUUCGUAUGUGAUAUAUAAUUUAUAAGUAUACUUUAAGUGCGCCAUAUGCGGUUUAAUGAAUGCUAUGAUUAGAUUUUUGUUGAUCUUGCAGUGUUUGUUGAACGUAUACCUACUCUGUAAAUGUCAAAUGAUUUUUUGUAAUAUACUAUUUUAGAAUCACGAACAGCUUACACACUAGAUCUUUUGACUGUACGGUGACGCAAUACCAAGGA